GGUUCUAUAUAUUCAGUGAAAUGCUUCCCGAUAUGAGUAUCAACCUCUCUCUCCCAUUCCAUCUGCUUCUGAAAGAGUUGAAGCUCCACAAGAAAUGGAGGAACAGAAAAAUGAGAGGAUCCUCAAACUAACCCAUGUUCUUGUUCUCACUUACCCAGUACAAGGUCACAUAAACCCGAUGGUCGAGUUCUCGAAACGCUUAGCCUCUAAGGGUCUCAACGUUGCCUUCAUAGUCCCUAUCUCCGAACCUUCCAAGUCCCUCCAUUCGAUAAACCACGCAACGAGUUCGAUCAAGAUUGAGCAGAUAUCUGACGGGUUCGAGGGCGUGGACACCGACGAGCUGAGCCUGGAUGUCUACUUCGAACUUUUCAAAGUUUCGGUCAUAAAGAGCCUGACCAAUUUCAUCGAACAACAUCAAUCUUCUCAAGAUAAUCCAGCAAAAGUUCUUGUGUAUGACUCGGUCAUGCCUUGGGCUCUUGACUUAGCGAUACAACACGGCAUGCACGGAGCUUCGUUCUUCACUCAGUCUUGCGUGGUUAGCGCCAUUUACUGGGUUCACCGAGGAACGGUAAAGCUUCCUCUGGAAGAUUCACAAGGACAAGGGCAUGUUUCUGUUCCUCCAGUCAUGUCAAAUCUGAGUUUGAACGAUCUUCCUUCAUUCGUGGCCGAUGUUGAUGCAUAUCCUGCGCUUGUGAAACUCGUGCUGGACCAGUUCUCCAACGUGAUGAGAGCAAAGUGGCUCUUGUUUAAUACCUUCACUGAGCUCGAGCUCGAGGUGAUAAAGUGGAUGGGGAGUCAAUGGCCAGCGCUCACUGUAGGACCAACGAUCCCAUCUAUGUACUUGGACAAGAGAAUCGGAGACGACAAAGAUUACGGGCUCAGCCUCUUCAAACCCAACGAUGCCGAGACAUGCAUCAAGUGGCUCGACUCGAAGGACGCCGACUCAGUCGUUUACAUAUCAUUUGGAAGCUUGGCUUCCCUUGGAGAAGAGCAAAUGGAGGAAAUAGCAAUCGGACUCAAGAGAAUGAAGAGCAACUUCCUGUGGGUGGUGAGAGAGUCUGAAGAGAAGAAGCUCCCUUGCAAUUUCAUGCAAGAUAUGGAGUUACUAGAUGAUAAGGGUUUGGUGGUGAAGUGGUGCAAUCAACUCCAAGUGCUGAGCCACGGGUCGGUGGGUUGCUUCAUGACUCACUGCGGGUGGAACUCGACUAUGGAAGGGGUGAGCUUGGGUGUCCCGAUGGUGGUGAUGCCUCAGUGGACGGACCAGCCAACAAAUGCGGCGUUCAUCGCGGAGGUGUGGAAGGUCGGUCUUAGGGUCAAGGCAAACGAGAAAGGGAUUGUGACCGGCGAAGAAAUUGAAAGUUGCGUAAACGAGGUCAUGCGUGGAGAGAGAGGGAAAGAGAUCAAAGAAAAUUCGUUGAAGUGGAGAGAGAGGGCGAGAAUCGCUAUGAAAGAAGGUGGGAGCUCUGAGAACAACAUCAGAGAUUUCACGAAAAACAUAAUUGAGAUGUAUAAGUAGAAGUGCUUCAUUCAUGAUUAAUUAGGUAUCAUUUGCAAAUGGAAUUCACUCCAGUUCAUAUAUAAAUAAAGAUGAUUGCUUUAGUAAUGAUAA